CCAAAAGAGUGAACAUGAAGAAGAAGAAAAUUCUCGCGAGAAUUUUGCGACUUCACGUUUCUUUGGAUUUGCGUCUCAAACUCGCCGGCACGAGAGAAAUAUUGCAGUGAUGUCACAGUGUAGCCCUCCUCAGUAAAUAUGGCAGCAGUUCCUGGAGUGAUGGCCCUCCUCACCCUGCAACGAUCAGUGACGUUGCGGCACAGCUUUUUUGGCUUAAUUCCAAUACCUUUGGCAUCAACCUGCUUUCCCACGAGGCUUUUCAGUGCUGCUAAAGAAAGUACUGAAUCAAAAUCACCAGUAAACCCAGAGAAUGAAUCUUUGCUUGAGAACCUGAAUCUCAUGGGAGUUGAUGUGAGGAUGGCACGCCAGCGUCAACCUGGGGUGCUUCGUAAAGCCUUCACUAAUGAGCAAGGCCUUGCUCAGUUCCUGCAAGGAAAAGGCGCCAGUCGCAAAGUGAUUGCCAGCAUCAUAUCCCGCUAUCCCCGUGCCAUCACCCGCUCCAUUGAACACUUGGAGCAACGCUGGCAGCUGUGGAGGAACAUCUUCAAGACGGACGCAGAAAUCGUGAGCAUCGUGGAUCGCUCGCCUGAGUCAUUUUUUCGCUCCAGUGAUAACGACAACUUGGAGAAGAACAUAGCUUAUCUCGUCUCACUAGGACUAAACACAAAAGACCUCCACCGGCUGCUGACCACAGCACCACGGACGUUUUCCAACAGCUUAGCGCUCAACAAGCAAAUGGUGGAAUUUCUGGAAGAUAUCUGUAUAGAGCUCGGUGGAUGUAACCCAGAGCAGUUUGCAAAAACCGUCAUAACCAGAAACCUCUACAUUCUCAUCAGAAGCACUAAGAGAGUCAAGACAAACAUAGACAACCUGAGAGCAUCUCUUAAGUUGAAGGAUUCAGAGCUGCUGGCUCUUCUUCAAAGCCACGGGGCAGAAAUUCUGGACCUUUCUAAUGAGUACCUAAAAAAGAAUUUUAACAGCCUGGAGGAGAAGAUGACUGCUCUUGGGUGUCGGAAAGCUGACGUAAAAAAACUGAUCAUCAGCUAUCCGAUGAUUCUCUACAUUGGGCCUGACACACUGAGCUCUAAACUAGACUGUCUCCUAAAAGGAGGAAUAACAAUUAAGCAGAUACUGGAAAAGCCCAAAGUUUUAGACUACAGCACACAAAACAUUACAGGGCGACUAAAGGAACUGCGAAGAGUGGGCUAUGACUUCCAGAAGAAUGGCAUCAAUAUCCUGGAUUCAAGUCGAAAGCGGUUCGAUGCAAAGAUAGAAAAGCUUUCUGCCUCACCAGAUGAAUUAAUGUAGUUGCCUGUUUUAUAAUGUCAGACAGUUUUGGUUGAUGAUUUUCCAUCAUUUUGGCUUAAAAAUAAUCUGAGAUCCUGUGAUUGAUCUCUUUUAAUAACCCAAAUUUCAUAAAUGUGUCCUUGAUGCAUCAACUGGUCUCUAUAAUAUCACUAAAUAGUAAAAAUAAAUAAAUAAUAGUAACACAAGCUGAAGGUCUGUGUAUAUGUAAUUAUAUUGAACGCCAAUGGGUAAUGGGAAAUUAUUAGAUUACCUCCUUAUAUAAUAACUGAUUUCAAAAAUUUUCAUGUCACUACAUGAAUAUAGUUUUAAAAGGGAAAAAAAUGAAUUGCAAAAAAGGAAAUGAAUUUGUCUCAUUUACUGUUAAAGUCCUAUAAUUACUGAUGUAGAUUGGUGACAAAUCUGCAGUCUGUAAUCUCCUACGGAGGGUGUUUAGAAUCUAUAUUACAAUAUAAACACAACAGUUUUUGAAGGCACGUGACUCUCAGUCAGGUAACCAUCCCAAGUCUCAAACAGAUGCAGCAAAGCCACAUCAGGCAGGCUGUGAUACAUUUCUUUGGCAUGUCCAAGUUGCAGCAAGUUACUUGUAACCCCAUUCCGAACUGAUCCCACACCAGCAGGUAAGACUCUACAGUUAUGGAGGUUUGCUGUCAUUACUUCAAAAGAAGCAUUCUCAUUCAUAAGCUGGACCCAUUCCUCAUACUCUGGUGUGGCUGGGCUUUUCCAGUUCUGGCUCCUGAAAUAAGACUAGAGCAAAUGCUGGUUUUGACGCCUCAGGUAAAUGUGAUCUAUCCCCAGGGCUGGCCCAAUCCAUGAAGGGGCCUAAGCAAAAUUUGAUUUGGCACCCCCCUCAUACCAGUUCAUUGUCACCAUUAUUAAUGCUGGAGGAUUGAAACUUAAUAUUAACAAAUGUUUAGGAUGCAUUACGGUUUCAGCCCCAUGUACGCAUGCCCAUUGAAAAACAAUUUCACUUACUCUGAUACAUAUU